AUGGUGUUGCAGUGGCACAUUGGUUCCUCAGUUCUACUGAAAACCAUCAUUUUCAUAAUCGCCUGCCUAGUCUUGUAUGCCAGUCAGCAUCCCGCCCUUGACAGGUUCGAGCACCGUAUAUCGGACCUUGACCUGACCCUCCAGCUGCCGAAAACAGGGCUCGACUUUGGGAGCAACAGGAGCGACCACCGUUCUUUUUACACUUCAGAAGCCGCCCAACGGUUCUGUAAGCACCACGGCUACUCCGUCUUCACUCCACAACCAGAUGUUGGCCAGCGGAAGGUCUAUGACCUCUUUAUGGUCAACACAGAACUGGACUGGAUGGAGGUACGCCUAAACACGACCUACCACCACGUUGAUUACUUCAUCAUUGUUGAAUCCCCCAAAACGUUUACAGGCAAGCCGAAGCCUCUUACCAUCAAGGAGAACUGGGACAGGUUCAAGCCCUACCAUGACAAGCUCAUCUACCAUCAGCUUGAAUUCCCACCAGACUUUAACCCCACAAGGUCUUGGGACUACGAAGACCUCCAACGCAAUGCUAUGUACAGCCAAGUCUUCCCUAGACUCGCUGGCAAACAAGCCCCUGUGUAUGGAGACGUUAUUCUCGUAGCCGACGUCGACGAGAUUGCCCGGCCCGAGACGCUUCUGGUCCUUAGAACAUGUCAUUUCCCUCGCCGACUCACGUUGCAUAGCCGGUUCUACUACUACAGUUUCCAGUUCCUCCACACGGGGCCCGAAUGGAACCACCCGCAGGCAACCUACUUCCAGGGCUCACGCACCAUCUCGCCAGCGAACCUCCGAACGGGAGAUGGCGGCUUCAAGCCCCUAUACGAUCUGGAAAAGGGCAAUCUGGCCAAUGCUUGCUGGCAUUGCUCCAGCUGCUUCGCAACGGUCGAGGAGUUCCUAACCAAGAUGGCCUCCUUCUCCCACGAAUGGAUGAAUGGCGAGCGGUUUCGAGACAAAGAUCGGAUCGCAGACGCGAUCAGAAACGGCAAAGACCUAUGGGGAAGAGCCAUUGAUCAGUUCGAGCGCCUCGAGAAUAAUACAGACGUGCCAGGCAUGUUGCUAGGUGAACCAAAACGGUUCAGCUACAUGCUAAAUCGGGAUGGGCCUUCGGCCGGGUUCACGGACUACCCUUGA